GAAGCAGGAACCACUUUGACUCGUCAUUAGAUGUGUUGAUGAAGAAAGUGUCAACAUGGUGUCGAAUAAGCGUCCCUUCUCUGACGAGGACUUCACGUGCCCGGUGUGUUGUGACGUCUUUAAGGAGCCCGUGCUCCUGUCGUGUGGUCACAGCGCGUGCGACAGGUGCGUUCACCGGUACUGGGACAUCAAAGGCUGCCGGGAGUGCCCGCUGUGCAGGAAGCGCUCGGCUACAAACCCUACCGUGAACCUGGCUCUGAAGAACCUGUGUCAGACCUUCCUGGAGCUCCGAGGUGAUCCUGAGACACUCUGUGACCUCCAUGGAGAGAAGCUGAAGCUCUUCUGUGUGAAUGACGGACAGGUCGCGUGCUUGGUCUGUAGAAACUCCAGCAAACACCUCCAGCAUCGCUUCAUCCCUGUCGACGAAGCAGCUUCUGAACAAAAGGGUGUUCUUAUGAGUGCAGUGAAUACCUUGAAAAUGAAAAUAAAGAGCCUCCAAGAUGCUCAGUUUCACUGUCAUCAAAAUGUAGAUCACAUAAAGAAACAGGCAGAGUACAUAAGGAAUCAGAUAAAGGAGGAGUUUAAGAAACUUCGGCAGUUUCUGCAAAAGGAGAAUCGAGCCAUGAUAACUCAGCUGAAGAAAGAGGAGCAGCAGAAAACAAAGAGUCUGGAAAGCAAACUAAAACAAAUUAAUCAAGAAAUAACAUCACUCUCAGACACUAUUAAAGACAUAAGAAAGGAAUUUGAAAUUAAAGACAUCAAAUUCCUGAAGGUUAGGCUUUCUUCUUUUCUCCCUGUCUCUCAUCCAUCCAUCCAUCCAUCCAUCCAUCCAUCAGGCCAUUCAUCCAUCUACCCAUUAGGCCAUUCAUCCAUCCAUCAGGCCAUACAUCCCUCAGGCCAUACAUCCAUCAGGCCAUUCAUCCAUCCAUCAGGCCAUCCAUCCAUCCAUCUAUCAGGUCAUCCAUCCAUCAGGCCAUUCGUCUGUCCAUCAGGCCAUCAAUCUAUCCAUCCAUCCAUCAGGCCAUCCAUCCAUCAGGCCAUCCAUCCAUCCAUCCAUCCUAAUGUUUUCUGUAUUCCUGUAUUCUUGUACUUUCUGCAUUGCAUAUUUGGUCAUAAUUUGUUUAUUAAUUCUAAAUAUUUUCUGUUUUUUGUUGGGGUUUUUUGUUUUUCUUUUUUACAGAACUUUGAGAAGACUUUGGCAAAAGCCAAGUACAAAGAUUCUGAUCCAAGUGUGGCUUCAGGCGAAGUUAUCGAUGUUGCAAUGUAUGUGGGAAAUCUCCAGUUCAGACUCUGGAACAAAAUGCAGAGCAUCAUUAAAUACACUCCUGUUGUUUUGGAUCCAAACACAGCUCACUCACAACUCGUCCUGUCUUCAGAUCUAACCAGCAUGAGAGACAUUGAUGAUGACCAUGAAGACAAGGCUGACAUGCCCAGACCACCAGUUUUGGACACUCCUGAGCAGUUUAGGAGUUUGUGUGUUCUGGGCUCUGAGGGUUUCUCUUCAGGGCUGCACUGUUGGGACAUCAAGGUGGGAAACAACACCUUCUGGAUGCUCGGCGUGACCACUGAGACCGUACCGAGAAAAGAACCCAAUGUUUAUCCCAAAGGCACUUGUGGUAUUGGGUAUGAUGGUGAAAACCUGUGUGUUCGGUCCCCUUUGGGAGUGUAUACUCCUCUCCCUUUGGCUGCCAAACCCAAAGUGGUCAGAAUUCGCCUGGACAUGGAUUUUGGGGAGGUGUGGUUCUUAGAUCCUGCCAGUAACACCGUUCUCCACAUGUUCUCGCACCACUUCACUGAGAAGGUCUUUCCAAUCUUCCACAGCAUGUGUAGUCGCUCUCCUUUGAAGAUCAUGCCUCUCCAGCAUUCUGUGGUGCUGGGAACUAUUCUUUAAUGCUCAGGUUUCUACAAGUAAUAAAUGGGAGUGGCUCUUA